CAGCAUCAUCACUCAGAGUGAAACCACCAGAAAGUUAAAAAGGAAAGUUUUUACCCAAUGUGAUAACCAGGAAACCAGACCUUCCUGUCUGCUGUCUGUCUUCUGCUGCAGAAAGAGGAAUCGAACCCAGCACCCACUUGCACAGAUCAAGGUCGACAGCAGGUGAAAGUACCAAAAUGUCGGAGGACGCGCUCUCCCUCGCCGCCGUGACCGUGCUGGCUGUUCUGGAGCAAGCUUAUUUCUCUCUCCAGGUGAUCAGUGUGAGGAGGAAGUUCUCCGUGACGCCUCCGGCCACGACCGGGCCUCCGGAGUUUGAACGAGUCUUCAGAGCUCAAGCAAACUGCUCCGAGUAUUUCCCCAUCUUCAUCAGUGUCCUGUGGACGGCCGGAGUCUUCUUCAGCCCAGGUCUGUCCUCGGUGUGCGGGCUGCUGUAUUUAUACGGACGUUUCCGUUACUUCCGUGGUUAUUCUGAGUCGUCUCAGGGACGUCUGGCUCCGCUCUACCUCUGCGCUCAGGUUCUCUGGGCUCUGAUUGGCCUCUCGUCUCUGGGCGUCGUCCUCUCGUUCUUCAGAGUUUACCUGAACCUGGACGUCCUGCAGCAGCUUGGCUCCGCCCUCGACCUGCCCUGAAAGAAGACAUGGAGGCGCCUGUGAUGCCGAAGGUCAAAGGUCAAUAGAAGACGAGACGUGUUGUUGUGUUCGAUCCAAAUUAAAACUCAUCACAGGAAGUGAACCUUUUUAAAUAUGAAAGAUUAAAAGUCUGAAAACAGGUUGUUUAACAUCUAUUAUAAUCAGUUAAUGUCCAUAUAUUUAAAUAUGAUAUAUUCAUUUUAAUUUCUGCUGAUGUCUAUGAUAGGAAAAUAAAAGUCGAUGGCUCCUAAGAUGUCGUUUUCAAACUUUUAUGACAAAGAAAUGUAACUGAAGUUUGAUAUUUUACAAUUUAACCAUAACAAAUAUUAUAAAUAACUAGAAAUACAAAGAAAACACAAAUAUAUAGAACUUAAAUAAAAGAAACAAACACAAAUGCAUCAUGUUUUUUAUCAGUUAAGCAAUAAAUCAGUAAUUAUAUUGUAUACAUAAAUAAUCCUCUUAUUAUUCCUUAUUUUAUUAAAAGUAAAACCAACAUAUGCUGAAUAACAGAUUUUUGUCCCAAGCUGGAGUUUUAUUAUGGAGGAAAAAAGAGCGAUUUUAAAAAGUGUUGUGUUUCAUCAUGUGAGUGUUUCCUGACUUUGACAAAAUAAAAGGUUUAUCUUGUA